GCUAAACUCUAAACCAGAAUAUUAACGUACCGAAUCGUACCGGUUUUGGUGAUGGAGGGAUCGUCCUCGUCCUCACCACUGUAUAUAUAUCUGAAGAGCUCAUGUUAGCUCAGAAAAAGCAUUCACUGUCUCUCAAAAAACAGAGCCUCUCCAAGAAAGUUUCUUCCCUUUUCUUUCUCGAAUCAUCCAUGGAUUCUAACGGAACCCACCAACAGCAUCAACAGAAUCAUCAACGUCCCACCUCAACUCCUCAGGCCAAGCACCAACGUCCAACUGUCGGGGUUCUCUCUCUGCGCAAGCCUCAACAACCGCUCAUGCUCGAGCAACGAGGAAGGAAGUACGCUCCUCCUCCUCCUGACGUCAUUGAUCUUGAUAGCGACGGAAAUGCUGACUCACCUGCUAAACGAGGCAGAGGCCGUCCUCCUGGCUCCCGUAACAAGCAGCGCAACGAGAGUUUAGAAGAAGAGGGAGGAAGAUCGAUUACAACUCAUGUCAUUAAAGUUAAUGCUGGAGAGGACAUAGCUACGAGUUUAGUGGUGUUUAUGAGUCAAGAACCACGUGAGGCCUGUAUUCUCUCAGCUUCAGGCACUGUAUCUAGUGCGGCGCUUAAAUCUAACACUUCUAUUGGAGUUGUUAACUUUGAGGGACGAUAUGAUAUCAUGAGAAUGUCAGGUAUACUCUCCAAUACUGAGAGUAAUGGUACUGUGACCAUAACUCGUAACUUGAGUGUGUCUCUGGCUGGUCGUGAUGGCAAGAUUUUUGGGGGUUGUGUUGGUCGAAUGCUUGUAGCUGGAUCACAAGUCAUGGUCAUUGUUGGAAGCUUUGUACCAGAGAGAGUGGAAGUUAGCGCAGCUUCAGCACCAGGAUUCUCUCAGUCUCAGGGACCACAAUGUCCAAGCGAGUCAUCAGAGGAAAAUGGUAGUGAAUCUCCGGUGGAUCAAGUUGAAAACUCUACGCCCCAACCACCUCACCAUCUUCACUUCUAG